ACAUUAAGUGUCACUGACCUAUUUCCAAACACAACACUGUUUCUCACUUCACUCACUGCACUGCUUUCACCUCCGUACGGUGUUUCCCUUCCCCGUUCGUGGCUUCAUCUGCUUCGUUAAUAUUACGCCGACGCCAUUGGUCUUUUUGCUUCUAUAGGAGAUAAUGGAAAGAUUUUUUAAGAAGAAAUUACCUUUGAAGAGGAAAUUAUCAUCAAAUGAGCAACAAUCUAAUUCUCAAGAGCAACUAAUUGAAGUUAAUUUAGAAGAGUUGCCAUUAGAUCCUGGAAAGAGGAUUAAAAUAUCGGCAUAUCAUCCGAAUGAUCAAGAUAGGGUACGAAAAACAUAUCUACAAAGAGGACCAUUCCAGCCUACAAAACACACUUUUCCGCAAAGAAAAAUUGGAAGUUCUUUAAGGAGAUUUUGCCCGUCUUGGUUUAUUGAGUUUGGCAAUUGGUUAGAGUAUAGUAUAGAAAAAGAUGCUGCGUUUUGUUUUUGUUGUUAUCUUUUUAGGCCUGAUUCUGGAAAACAUUCAGGUAGUGACUCAUUUGUGACUGAGGGAUUCUCAAAUUGGAAAAAGAAAGAAAGACUUUCAUCUCAUGUUGGAGGUCAUAAUAGUGCUCAUAGCAUUGCUUGGAAGAAGUGUCAAGAUUUUAUGAAACAAAAUCAACAUAUUGAAGUUGCAAUAUCUAAGCAAUUUGAGCAAGUUCGUGAUUCAUCUCCAAGGCAUUUAGUAACUACAAUUGAUUGUAUUCGCUUUAUAUUAAAGCAAGGAUUAGUUUUUUGUGAUCAUGAUGAAUCGACCAAUUCUUCUUGUCAAAGUUAUUUCCUUGGACUUCUUGAACUCCUUUCUGAACCCAAAGAAUCAAGAAGUCUUGUUGUCAUGGAAAAUGCUCCUGAAAGUCAUCAAUUGAUUACUCCAGCAAUCCAAAAGGAUAUAGUUAAUGUUGUUGCAUUGGAAACCACUAAGGCUAUUAUUAGUGAUAUUGGCGAUGAAUUAUUUGUUAUUCUUGUUGGUGAAGCUCGUGACAUAUCAAAUAAGGAGCAAAUGGUUGUUGUUUUGCGUUAUGUUAACAAAAAUGGAAGUAUUGUUGAACGCUUUCUAGGUAUUUUUGAUGUUAAAGAUAGAACAUCUUUAUCAUUCAAAAAGCAAAUUGAUGAAUUGUUUUGCAAACAUGGGCUUAGUAUAUCAAGAGUUCGUGGACAAGGUUACGAUGGUGCUAGCAACAUGCAAGAGGAAUUUUCUGGCCUCAAAAGUUUGAUUUUAGAGGAGAAUCCAUAUGCUUUUUAUGUACAUUGUUUUGCUCAUCAAUUACAACUUACUUUAGUUGCUAUUGCCAAAGAUCACAUUCAAGUUGCCUCUUUUUUCAAUUCGGUGUCCAUUUUAUUUAAUGUUGUUGGGGGAUCAUGCAAACAACAUGAUGUGCUUCGUGAAAAACAAAUAGUCAAUGUUAGAGAGGCAUUGGAAAAAGGAGAAACUCUUAGUGGACAAGGUUUGGAUCAAGAUAUUAGUCUCAAACAAGUUGUCGAUACUAGUGGGAAUUCACAAUAUGAAACUUUGAUCAAUUUGAUAACGAUGUAUUCUUCUAUAAUAGAUGUUCUUGAAAUUAUGGAAGAAGAUGGAUAUAAUCCAGAUCAUAGAGCUGGAGCCUAUCGUCUUUUAUUUUCGUUUAAGGAGUUUGAUUUUGCAUUCAUAUUACAUAUGAUGAAAAAUGUCUUGGGCAUUUCAAAUGAAUUGUCACAAGCAUUGCAAAGAAAAGAUCAAGACAUCACUGAAGCUAUGAACUUGGUUAACAUCACAAAGCAACGAUUACAAAUUAUGAGGAAUGAUGGAUGGGAGUCUUUAUUGCAAGAAGUAAUUUUAUUUUGUAAUAUGCAUGCCAUUAAUAUUCCUCAUAUGGAAGAUAUAUUUUGUUCCAAGGAGAAGUCACGACACGGAAACAAAGCUCAAGUUAUCACAAUAGAGCAUCAUUAUCGUGUUGAGUUAUUUUAUACUGUCGUGGACAUGCAGCUUCGGGAACUGAAUGAUCGUUUCACUACGACAAAUACUCAGUUGCUCCUUUCUAUAACAUGUUUGAGUCCAACCAAAUUGUUCUCUAAUUUUGAUAAGACAAGGCUGAUCGAAUUUGCAAAUUUUUAUCCAUGUGAGUUUUCUCCAACUGAUUUAGUGAUGCUUGAUAAUCAGCUUGAGACUUACAUCAAUGAUGUGCGUAAUGAUGUUGAAUUUGCCUCUUUGAAAGGUAUCAAUGAUCUUUCAGAGAAGUUGGUUGAAACUGGAAGACAUAUUGUUUAUCCAUUAGUAUAUCUUCUUCUGAAGUUGGCUAUGAUUUUGCCAGUUGCCACAGCAACCAUUGAAAGAGCUUUUUCUGCUAUGAAGUUUGUGAACAACAUGUUGCAUAAUCAAAUAGGGGAUGAAUGGAUGAAUGAUUGUCUAGUGACUUAUAUUGAGCAAGACAUGCUCAACAACAUUGAUAAUGAAUUGAUCAUUGAACGGUUUCAAAAUAUGAAAUUGCAUAAAGAACAAUUAUAAGGUACCUUUGUUAUUUAUUUGAUUAGAUAUAUUAAAAAAAAAAAGUAAGCUCAUAAUUCAGAUCAUUGUGAAGAACACUACAAGCUAAAAAGGAGCAACCACAAGUAUUGAAUAGUAAGCUCAUUGCAACUUUCAGGAGAAUCUAGUCUUCCCAAAAAGAAGCCAAUAUUGAACACAUUUUUCAUCAGUAGUCACUAUGUUCAUUAGUCUGAUCAUUUGAAGUUCAUUGCUAUACUAAAUAGAAGCAACAAUUUAAAGGGUCGUGAGUCAAUCUUACAUAUAUGAUUUUCUAAAUUAUGUUCAUGUAACAGUUGGAAUACCUUUCUUUUGUUUGGGUUAUCCCUUUAGUGAUAAUCACUUUUUGGUUCUGAUGAGUUUUGUUCACUCUUCUUGAAUGAAAUUACUUGUGGUGCCUUUUUACAAGCUCAAA